AAAUAAGAAAGAUUCAAAGAUGAAGAAAGUACAGGAAAUGCUAGGAACUCCUUCCCAGAGAGCUGAAGGGGAUCAGAUUAUUUUUCGGAUUCAUAAAGGAGUCAAAACAUUUGCAGUUAGUAAAAAGAACAAUGCCAUAGUAACUGGUGGAAUGGAUCGAAUUAUUCGAAUAUGGAAUCCAUACAUGCCUGGAAGACCCACAGGCAUGCUCAAAAGUCACAUGGCCCCCAUUUUCUAUGUCUACGUAUCUGAGGAGGAUAAAAUAUUUUCCAUAUCAACAGACAACACAGUUAAGAUAUGGGAUAUGGAGGAUCAGACUUGCUUAUUCACUGCUUGUUCAAAAAACAAUGGAAUUAAAGGAGAGAUUACUACUUGCCAUUAUAUAUCAGGCAUUCGAUCACUCUGUGUUGCCACAGAUACACUGGCCAUUCUUCACCUAAGAUUACGUAGAUCAGUUCCAGAUCCUUAUAUAGUAACUUCCCAUAAAAAACCAGUUUUGUGCUGCAAAUUCAACAAAGUAUUCAGGCAUGUUGUGAGCUGCUCUGAAGAUUCUGUGGUCAAGGUGUGGGAUUUCGAAAGUGGAAAGCCUGUAUUUGAAUUUGGUAAUGCUCAUGGUAAUUCUGCAAUUACAUGCCUCACAUUUGAUUUCAGUGGAAGAAGACUCAUUACUGGAGGAAAAGAUGGCUGCUUGAAAAUAUGGAAUUAUAAUAAUGGACAGUGUCUUCACACUUUGAAAAAGGAAGACAGAUGUGAUGAAGUUCGUGACUGUGCUUAUGUGGAGAUCAAUAAAAAUGAGUAUAUCAUAGGUGUGGGAUGGGACAGAAGAAUAAAUUUGUUUUAUGAUUCCACCGAUGAUUUCUAUCAUAUCAGGAAACCGCAACUCCACUGGCAGGAUGACAUAAACUGGGGACACAAAGAAGACAUUCUCUGUGUUGCUCAGUGUCCCCCUAAUCUCCUUGCAACAUCCAGUUAUGAUGGUGAAAUUAUUGUUUGGAAUAUGUUCUCAGGUCACAUAGACCAUAGAUUCUGCAUUCCAAUAACCACAACUGCCUCUGUUCAUUCUCAAAUUGGUGUGACACGGAUAAUUUUUCUAAAGACUCGUGCUGUGAAAUUUGAUUCAACUACUGCAUCACUGGUUUCCAAUGGGCCAUCAGGUUAUCUGCAUUUCUGGAGCCUGUUUUCAGAGGAUCCACUAAUAGCAAGUUUUCAACCAUCUAGGGGAAAAUCCCUGAUCAGUAGCAUUGCUGUGACUGCAGAUGAUUCAUAUAUAUAUGCAGCUGAUGAAGAUGGUUAUGUGUAUGUCCAUGACAUCCAAAAUUAUGCCCUUCAGGAUACAAAAGAAGAAACACCAAAAUAUGUGAACCAUUGGCGAGCUCAUUUAGGUCUGGUUCUAACGUUAGAAGUUAUAGAUGAAGAUAAUAUCCUUUUAUCCUGUUCUAUUGAUUGUACAAUUCGUUUGUGGAGUCUGAAUGGAGAGUACAUUGGAACCUUUGGCCAGGAAGAACCUUGGGAAAUUUUUAACACAUCCUCCUGGAAACAUCCCAUGGUCCCUUAUGAGAUUUUGAUAGAUCCACAGAGUAUGCCUGUAUAUCCGAUGCUGGAAGACACUUCCUCUGACAUGCAGAUCAUCAGUCAAGAUGAGAAUAAAAACCCUUCCAAGAAGACUACCUGUAACCCACACUCCUCACAAAUUACUGUUACUGAUGAGGACAUUGAAGAAGAAAUUAACAAGAGGCUUUACUCACAAGCUUCAACCAGACGGAUGAAGUAUGAGAGAUCCAAGCUUUCAAAUAGAUGGAUUAAACACAAGGGACCAAGCAUUUAUCAUGCCAUUGACUAUUAUGAAAUUGACAAUUUCCCAGGAAACUGUGAGAAACCUGACCUGUCUGUCCUUGGGGUAGACAUAUUCAGAGCUAGUUAUCAAGGAGCAACGGAGCAGUAAUAUACCAAAACACAUCAGUAACUUGUUAAUCUCAUAACUGACAUUUACAUAAUUGAAAUUUUUUCCCCUGUUAAACCUAAUAUAUGGUAUUAGUUUGCAGACUUGGUUCACACAUGCUAAGCCAUGGUUUGCUUAAUUGUUUUACUGAAUUAAUCACAGUUGGUGGGGCUCACAUUUAAUGAAAGAUAACCAUGGUUUUCCAAACCAUUGACACAGAUUGUAACAUACAGUACUAGGCUAGAGUGUAGAGACUAAAACUAAACAAGUUUUAUUUGACAGUACUUGGCUGCAAGGGGCGGAAGGACAACUUAAUGUGCUAAAAUGUAUUUCUUUGGUGGGUAGAUAUUUAAAAGUUGUGUUAAACGUACUCCACAAAUACACUGGUGUUUGGGCUGCUAAUCUCAAAAUGAUGUAAAUUGAAUCUCAGCAGUGGGGAAAGCAAAAUAAGGUUUUAGGAAGCUACAUAUGAUGGAGGGACCAAGCUACCCACUGACUAUAAAUCAUGGCAUACAGAUAAUGCUGACUAGAUUAUCAGAAAUCAAAGUAAGACAAUCAUGUUAAGAUUUAGAUGGCAGCAUGAACCUAUAGGUGCCCAUUCUUUCUUCAAACUGUAGGAGUGAAGAACCAAGACUUUCCAAAUGCUGUUGGAAUCCAAAGUUCUUGUCAACUUCAGAUUGGUUUUAACCUGAUCUUGAAAGUUUUAAUCCUUGUUUUCUAUAUAUUGUAAGCCACCAAGAAUCGCUUUGAUUGUGACAGGGUAAGGAUUUUUUUAAAAUAAACACUACC